CGUAGACUCACAAAAAAACUACUUUUGUGCACUUCUAACUCCCUCAAAUCCACACUAAAUGUGGAAAAAGUAUUAAAAUUCGGCGAAUUUCUACCAAAAAAAAAAAAAACGUGAAUUGAAAUCGUUCGCACGCCCGAAAUCUUUUCUCGUCAUCUUGUCUCGUCACUGUGUCUUGGGUAAUUUUUACAAUGGCUCGCCCAAUAAAACACAGCAAAAUCGAGCAGAUGCGAUCGCAGGAAGAAAUUAUCCAGAAAAAGAAGCAAGAGAUUCUCGAGAAGCAACGGAAGCAGGAAAUGACGAAACAAUUGGCAGCAGCUGCGAGUAAUUCUUCGGCAGUUGAUUCGACGACAGCACUGAACAAUUUCAACAACGACGGCUCGUUUCUGGAGAAUUUCAAGAAGAUUUCGGAACAAGUGCAGGCAAAAAUGAAGCAAACGGAUGUCGUUGCGGCGGAAGUCGGGGACGAAGCAAAGCAAUUGCCGCAGUUUUCUGUGCCUCCGCCUGCGUUUGCGGGCGCCACAAUCCCCAAUGUAAAUAUCUUCAAUACACAUGUGCCUCCUCCGCCGCCGGAAACAGUCAACGCCCUGCUACCUGAACUCGAUAUCCGGAACAUCAAAGUUUUUUCAGACAUUGAUGAUCAAUUACCCACAACUCUGUCACAGCUAAUCGAUAGUGUAGCUGCGAUUGGCGACAUUUACGAAGAGAAAAUAUGUUUAAGAAAAAAUGACGUACCUUCAGCAUUUUGGUUUUUGUUCGACCACCAAUCCGACGAGUAUCGUCGAUAUCGUGCAGCUGUCGAGGAUCGGCGUCGCGAAAAGGGACUUUUAGAGGACACAAACAAGUACGAUCCGGUAAACCAGUUCGAGGAAAUCGAAAAAAAUCCCCAAAAAUCCAUUUUGAACGUGCCUCCCCCGCCGUUAGCCCCCAUUUCGUUGCCUCCCGGCGAGAAAAUGGUUUAUGCAUCCAUCGACAAGUCAGAUAGCUCCGAUAGCGAUACGGAAUGUUGGCGCGAAGCGAAGGAACGAAAUCUAAAGUCGCUCAAACGGAAGGCGCUCUAUCCGAACAAACAAGUGAAGUCGAGUGCGGAUUCGACAGAUUCGUCGGAUGAUGAUUGUUCGAAUCAUCAGUCGAGUACGGGAGGUAAUGAGGGGAAAGGAAAUUUGGAUGAAAGUCAGUCGGGAAGUUCGAAUCAUUCAAAGUCGGAGUUGCAAUCGGAAUCGAGUACGAGUCAGCAACAACCGCCCGCGAAAAAGUGUCGAAAAUCGAGAUGGGGCGAUUUGCAGCCCAUUCUUCCGAAACCAAAUUCGUCGCAAACGACGACGCCGCAGGUUGGAGCGAAAACGGCUCCCGUUCAACUAUCAGGAGUCAAAAGAACCGAUCCCGUUCUGAUCCAAUACGCAAUCCAAAACUUCGGGACGACAAAUCUCAGUGAAGAAGAUUGGAAAAAGGCGGAAGAUCAUUACAAAAUCAACCUUUUGUACCAAGACAUGUUGCGAAAACGGCAGGAAAUCGACCGCCUUCAUCAACAAGGCAAGAACAAAUACGAGUAUGACAGCGACGAAGACACGACGCAAGGCACGUGGGAACACAAACUCAGGCAACAAGAGAUGGAAGCGACGCAAUUGUGGGCCGAUGCGCUCACAAAGUCGUCGCAAGGCAAACAUCACAUCGGCGAUUUUUUACCGCCCGAAGAACUGAAGAAAUUCAUGGAAAAGUACGAAGCACAAAAGCAGAAUAAAACGCCGGACCUCAGCGAUUACAAAGAAUACAAACUCAAGGAAGACAACGUGGGCUUUCAAAUGUUGCAAAAACUCGGCUGGAAAGAGGGAACGGGACUUGGAUCGUCGGGCAGCGGAAUUCAAGAGCCCAUUAACAAAGCGACUCAACGUUCACAAAAUCAGGGAUUAGGCGUGCAACAAGUCGAUGCACCGGAAGCCGAUGAUAACGAAUACGAUGCUUAUCGCAAGAGAAUGAUGCUUGCUUAUCGAUUUCGACCAAAUCCAUUGAACAAUCCCCGUCGAGCCUAUUAUUAGUCGUCGCACGCACAAAAAUUGACAUUUAGCUGAAUUGUUUGACCUUCUACUACUAAAAAAUAGUACUCUCGAGAUCAAAGUUGACUUCUAUCUAACAUAAUCUAUCUGAACAAAAAAAAUAUAAUUAUUAUUAAUUAAUUAAUAUAUAUCAGAAAAAGAAGAAAAAAGUAUAAGAAAGCUCUGUUAGUUAAAAUUUUUAGUGAAUUUGCGGUAAAAUUACGAAAAAAAAAAUUUCACGAAAAAUAUUUGGCCGCUCAAAUUUAGCAAAAGGAUUG